UACAACAGCUACGAUCGAAUCCCUUGUUUAAAACCAACCCGAUCGUUGUCUGCACACAUAUUAUCACACUCAUCACUGCCACAAGAACGAUCCACCACGCUUGCUCUUACUCUCCUACUCUUUCUCUUAUCUCCAAUGGAACCAGAAAUUCUAACCGACACGAUCGUGCUCCACCACGGCGAGACCGAGACACAGACAGAGUUAACAGAGUUCGAGAAGAAUCAGGAACGGUACCAAUCCCUAAUCUCCACUUUUCCUCGCGAGGAAGGCUGGGGACCUGAAGAUCCCCUGAUUCAAUACGGUGGUCACUGGUGGCUACAGUUUUUCCUUGAAGGUUGCCUUCACGCGCAAGACUUCUUUCAAGCACGACCCAAAGACUUCUUCGUCUGUAGCUACCCAAAGACAGGCACCACAUGGCUAAAAGCGCUAACUUUCGCCAUCGCCAAUCGAUCACGAUUCGAAGAUGCCUCGAAUCCUCUCCUAAAACGUAACCCUCACGAGCUUGUUCCUUACAUCGAGAUCGAUUUCCCUUUCUCCCCUGAAAUAGAUGUUCUUAACGACAACGGAAGCACUCUGUUUUCGACCCAUGUCCCACAUGGAUCAUUACCCGACUCGGUUGUGAAAUCGGGUUGUAAGAUGGUUUACAUCUGGAGAGAUCCGAAGGACACUUUCAUCUCCAUGUGGACAUUCAUCCAGAAGGAGAGGUCGGAACUUGGACCAGUUCCUCUCAACAGUCUUGACAUGUGUUUUGAUAUGUACUGUCGUGGUCUGUCUGCGUAUGGUCCUUAUCUUGAUCAUGUCUUGUCGUAUUGGAAGGCUUACCAAGAGAAUCCAGAUCGGAUUUUGUUCCUAAAGUACGAGGACAUGAGACCUGAUCCUUUGCCGUACGUGAAGAGAUUAGCUGAGUUCAUGGGUUAUGGAUUCACGGCUGAGGAAGAGGAGAGAGGGGUCGCUGAAAAACUAGUGAAUCUUUGCAGCUUCGAGACGUUGAAGAAUCUUGAAGCUAACAAAGGAGAUAAUGUGAGAGAGGAUCAAGCUGCUUACUAUGCGAAUAGUGCAUUUUUCAGGAAAGGCAAGGUUGGAGACUGGGCCAAUUAUCUGACUUCGAAGAUGGCUGAUCGUAUCGAUGGGAUAAUGCAAGAGAAAUUCAAAGGUGCAUAAACACAGCUGGGGAUAGCAGAUAGAGAACAUAUGGUGCAGAUCAGAGACAACAUUGCAGAUAUGUUGCGGCAAAAUCAAA